UCUCAGUCACCCUCUUAAUCCUUCACAAAACUUUUGAAGUUUUCACACCAUUAUUAAUUUCUUUCGAAACACUUAUCUUAAUUUUAAGUCUUUGGAGAAUUUCUGUCCUAAAAUAGUCUCUUCUUUUUUUUUGUUCAGAUAAUGUUCUUGUCACAUAAAGAAUGCAAGCGACUUAAUUUACAAUAUUUUAUUAACAAUAAAACGUGUGUCGAAAAAAGUUUCUAUUUCUGGAUUUUCCAAAUACCAACCGUUGUAGCAUCUUGAUCGUGUCUUAAAUCAUAAUCUGAAUUCUAAACACUCACGUGCGGCAAGAUUUCGCAGUUUCUUGUGUAACAAGUCACUUACGGUCAGGGAUUUUGCAAAUGGGAAGUUCAUGUUUACCUCCAGGAUUCCGCUUUCAUCCUACUGAUGAAGAACUCAUCGACUAUUACCUGAAAAGAAAAGUCGAAGGUCUCGAAAUCGAGCUUGAAGUCAUUCCCCUUAUUGACCUUUAUAAAUUUGAUCCGUGGGAGUUACCAGACAAGUCUUUUCUACCAAACCGGGACAUGGAAUGGUUCUUCUUCUGUUCAAGGGACAAAAAAUAUCCUAAUGGUUUUCGUACAAACCGAGGAACAAAGGCCGGUUAUUGGAAAGCAACCGGAAAAGACAGGAAAAUUACUUGUCGUUCAUCUACUACAAUCGGCUAUAGAAAAACCCUAGUUUUCUAUAAAGGUCGUGCCCCAUUAGGUGAUAGAACCACUUGGCUCAUGCAUGAAUAUCGACUAUGCGAUGAAGAUACUUCAUCACAAGGAUCACAACAUUACAAGGGAGCUUAUGUGUUAUGUCGUGUGGCUAAGAAGAAUGAGAUCAAGACAAAUUCGAAAAUCCGAAGAAACCUAAGUGAACAAACACUUGGAUCAGGAGAAAGUUCGGGUUAUUCUAGUCGAGUGACUUCACCUAGUCGGGAUGGAACGAUGCCGUUUCACUCAUUUGUCAAUCCGGUUUCUACUGAAAUAGGCUCUUCCAACAUUUGGAUGUCACCUGAUUUCAUCCUCGAUUCUUCAAAAGACUAUCCUCAAAUCCAAGAUUUUGCAUCUGAGUACUUACAAGACUUUGAUUUUCCUGUUAUCGGUCAAGUAGAUUUUCCAGCGAGUAUCUUGCAUACCAAUGUAGAUCAGCACAUGGAUGAAUCUAUGCAAACCGGCUAUUGGACAAACUGUGGAUACGACCAAACCGGUUUAUUCAGUUACUCAGAGCUCUCCUAGACGGAGUCUCGUUUGAAGUCUCUCUUCUUUUACUCGAAAAGAAAAAAAAGAAGUCUCUCUUGUAAGACCAAAACGCCUUUUAUUGUUCGAGUCUUCCAACUUUUAUAGCUUUGGUCUAUAUGGAUGGUUUAACUAUUCUAUUUUUUUCUUUCAUAUUAUUACUUGUUUAUUAUGGACUUGUUUUAUUAAUGUAUUAGUAGUCGAUCUGUGCUACAGGCAGUAUGUAUUUCUUUUAUGUUUUAUAUUAAGAAUCUAUUUUAUCAAAUGUAACCGUUAAAAUAGUAAUCUAAUUGUAAAAGUUGAUUUACAAUUAACGUUGUAGUUGUUUACUU